CUUAUGUGUCAGGUUCGGUUCAGGUUAACAACAUGGUAGUUUUGUAGCCGACUUUGUUUGGGAUUGUUUAUAUUAUCACAUCAUUAUUAAUUUUGGUUUUACCUGAUAUCCGUUGAACGAUAAUAACAAUUUGUUUUGUACUGUAGAAAUAAUACGAAUAAUAGUCCAGGAAUGGCGUCGAACCUAACUCAGCAGCAAAUGACGUCUCAGAACGUCAGGCAACAGUUAAUUAUUUUAGCCAGCUCAGGAGGGUCUCAUAAAGAUCAAGCCGACAAGUAUAGAGCAAUCCUUGAAUCUAUUCAAACAUCAUCAGGGAAUGACAUCAUUGAGGCUUUGAAGACAUUUAUUGAAGCUAUUGUCAAUGAGAAUGUAAGUUUAGUUAUUUCAAGACAGAUUCUAACCGACAUAAGCACACAGCUUGUGGAACUACCAGACAAUAUUUCCAAAGCCGUCUCACACUACACUUUAGAUAAGGUUCAGCCUAGAGUUAUAUCUUUUGAAGAGCAAGUAGCCAGUAUCCGACAACACCUGGCCUCCAUCUACGAGAGAGAACAGAACUGGAGGGAUGCAGCCAGUGUCUUGGUCGGCAUCCCACUUGAAACUGGACAAAAGCAAUACUCUGUAGACUACAAGUUGGAGACAUACAUGAAGAUAGCUCGGCUGUAUCUUGAGGAUGACGACCCAGUACAAGCUGAAGCUUACAUCAACAGAGCUUCCUUACUACAGGCAGAGUCGAAGAACGAGCAGUUGCAAAUCUAUUACAAGGUGUGCUAUGCUCGAGUGCUGGACUACAGACGUAAGUUUAUUGAGGCGGCUCAGCGUUACAAUGAACUGUCCUACAGAUCCAUCAUACACGAAGAUGAACGGAUGACAGCUCUCAAGAACGCUCUCAUAUGCACUAUUCUAGCUUCUGCAGGUCAGCAGCGCAGCCGUAUGUUGGCAACACUGUUCAAGGACGAGAGGUGUCAACAGCUGCCAGCGUACUCUAUACUGGAGAAGAUGUACCUGGACAGGAUCAUCCGACGGUCAGAGCUCCAGGAGUUUGAGGCUCUGCUUCAGCCUCACCAGGAGGCCCUCACUGGAGAUGGAUCCACUAUUCUGGACAGAGCGGUGAUUGAACACAACCUGCUGAGUGCCAGUAAACUCUACAACAACAUUACAUUUGAGGAGCUUGGUGCAUUGUUAGAGAUACCUCCGACCAAGGCAGAGAAGAUUGCCAGCCAGAUGAUCUCGGAGGGCAGAAUGAAUGGCUUCAUCGACCAGAUCGACUCCAUUCUUCAUUUUGAAACCCGAGAGAUUCUGCCAACUUGGGACAAGAACAUUCAGUCACUGUGUUACCAAGUGAACCAGAUCAUAGAGAAGAUCUCCAACGCUGAACCGGAGUGGAUCGCCAGAGCGGUGGACGACCAGAUGAUAGUUCACUGACCCGACCUCAACCAAAUGUUCCCUCGCUGUGUUAUAACAAAUAAAUAGACUUAACUUUCUGUCUACAUUACUGAAUAUUUGUUAGUCAACUUUGACAUUUAUGGUGUGUUGACAACUUGUGGAUGUGAUCAUAAGAUUGAAUACACAACUAAAACUGU